ACGCUGCAGCUGGCGCAGCUGAGACUCUCAGCAGCCGGCGCCGAGCAGCCGAGCAGCCACCUUCUACUGCCCGUUCCCGCGCCCGGGCCGGGGCUGGGCCCCCACCUCCGGGUCCCCGGGGGCUGCAGCAGCGGGCAGCGGCGCCGCCCGCGGUUCCCGCCGGGGCCCGGGCGCCGGCCCCGCUCUGCAGGAUGGGCACGGUGCUGUCUCUUUCCCCCGCCUCCUCGGCCAAGGGCCGGAGGCCCGGCGGGCUGCCCGAGGAGAAGAAGAAGGCGCCGCCCUCGGGAGACGAGGCGCUGGGGGGAUACGGGGCGCCGCCAGUAGGCAAGGGCGGUAAAGGCGAAAGCCGGCUCAAGCGGCCGUCCGUGCUCAUCUCGGCGCUCACCUGGAAGCGGCUGGUGGCCGCGUCUGCCAAGAAGAAGAAAGGCAGCAAGAAGGUGACGCCCAAGCCGGCGUCCACCGGCGCCGACUCCCUGGUCCAGCAACGCAACCGCGAGAACCUUCUCCGCAAGGGUCGGGACCCCCCCGACGGCGGCGGCGCCGCCAAGCCCCUGGCGGUGCCCGUGCCCACCGUGCCCGCGGCCGCCACCACCUGCGAGCCGCCGUCGGGGGGCAGCGCCGUCGCCCCACCUCCAGGCUCCGGAGGAGGGAAACCGCCGCCGCCGCCGCCCCCAGCCCCGCAGGCGGCGCCGCCGGUACCUGGCGGCUCGCCGCGGCGGGUCAUCGUGCAGGCGUCUACGGGAGAGCUGCUGCGCUGCCUGGGCGACUUCGUGUGCCGACGCUGCUACCGUCUCAAGGAGCUAAGCCCAGGCGAGCUGGUGGGCUGGUUCCGCGGAGUGGACCGCUCGCUGCUGCUGCAGGGCUGGCAAGACCAGGCCUUCAUUACGCCCGCCAACCUGGUGUUCGUGUACCUGCUGUGCCGCGAGUCGCUGCGCGGGGAUGAGCUGGCGUCGGCCGCCGAGCUGCAGGCUGCCUUCCUCACCUGCCUCUACCUCGCCUACUCCUACAUGGGCAACGAGAUCUCCUACCCGCUCAAGCCCUUCCUUGUGGAGCCCGACAAGGAGCGCUUCUGGCAACGCUGCCUGCGCCUCAUCCAGCGGCUCAGUCCGCAGAUGCUGCGGCUCAACGCCGACCCCCACUUCUUCACGCAGGUCUUCCAAGACCUCAAGAACGAGGGCGAAGCCGCUGCCGGCGCCGGGGGUCCUCCCAGCGGGGGAGCGCCCGCGGCCUCCUCCUCCUCGGCCGCCAGGGACAGCUGCGCGACUGGAGCCAAGCACUGGACUAUGAACCUGGACCGCUAGGGAUACCCAAGGGCCGCGCCCACCCCCCACCCCAACCCCUGACACACACUCGGAGCCCCCGGGACCAUCAAGACGCCGCCGCUGUUACCGCCGCUCCGCGCCGUGGCCGGAGGAGGAGCCGCCCCUGUCCCGCAGGGGAAGGUGGAGGCCAGGAUGCCAGAGGCCGCGGCGUCUGGAUUUACUGGGCGCAGGGUGGGGGUGGGGGAUGAGCGCGGGAGGGAACCCCCAACCUCACCCUUUCUGUCUGCGCCCCCAUGUCUCCAAUUCUACCCGGGUCUCCCCCUUCCCUUCUCUGUGUGUCUGUAAGUUCAUCUCCCUCGGAUUUGUCCAUUUCUUCAUCUCCUUCCUGUAUUUUCACCUUCCCUCCUUCCUUCAUCUUCUGCCUUCCCAACUUCCUCCUUGCCUUUCCAUUUUCCAUUCUUUGGGUGUGUAUUUCCGUCUCCAUCUUACCCCCUACCUAUCUCUCAUUGCCCCGUUUAU